AUACACCACAUUCUAAAUCGAAAUGAAUUGCAUUUAAUAAAAAAGCUAACAUGUUAUUUAUGAAUCUUUUAUGAAUUAUGCUGUACGCGCAUUUAAAUCACACGCCAACUUAUCAUAAAAUUUUAGCAAGUCGAGGGCGGGUAUUUUUUUAAGAUGGCUGCUGGUUUUCGUAAACUUAUAAAUGAUGUUGGAAAAAUGUGUUACGAAAAAACAGAUAACGAUGCUCGCAUGUUUCGUUUUAAAAAAGAAGAAGAAGAAGAUAUCAAACGAAAAAUAAAAUAUUUAAAUGUUCAUUUAAGAGAUUCGCUACAACACCCUAAAACAGAACUUGACCAGUUGAUGGUGUAUGGACACCUUGGCAAUGCUUUCUACAAACUGAAUGAUUUUGAUGAAGCGAGAAAGUACUACACAAUGCAACUAGAUAUGGCAGUGGAAUACAGAGACGAGGGAGCGCAAAGAAUGGCACUUACUAAUUUAGGUGUUCUACAUAAAAUUAGACAUAAUUUUAAAGAGGCCGUUGACAAAUUUAACCAAGCUCUAACAAUAGCUCUCAAAACAAACAACAGAUAUGCACAGGGACGUCUUUACAACAACAUGGCAAAUAUAUACGAGCUUACAAUGGAUUACGAGAAAGCUGUUGAAUACCAAAAACUUCGACUUGAUAUUGCGACACAGUUAAGAGACAGAGAUGGUGAAGCGAAAGGCUGUGCCGCCCUCGGAGCUUUGUAUCACGCCCAGAAAGACUUUUCUAAUUCUAUCAGGUUUUAUGAGCAGCUAAUGGACAGUCUACGACGUUCGUUAAAGAUUCUCGACACAUUAGCAGAUGACGAAAGUGCAAGUGAAGACGAAGGGUACGUUGAUGUAGAUGAAGACGCAGAAGAACAGAACGAAGACGAUAACGCCACCACAAAGAAAAAAGGAAAACUUGGAAAAGUUAAAAACGCUUUCUCCAGAAAUAAGAAAAAGAAGUAA